ACGUGAUUGAAAGCGGAUGUUAACCGGAGGAUACCCCCGUCGUCGGCUGCUGUGCGGGUGACGGAGCGCUGAGAGCCGGUGAGCACGGAGCCGAGUCCCCACUGUGCCUGCGCCGAGAUCCGCAGAGAGCAGCUGAUCUGAAGCAGAUCUGCCGCAGCCAACCGCAGCGCAGGUAACACAACCACGUGGGCGCACAGUGACGCGUCCACGGCCUCCGGGGAGCGUCGGAGCAACGACAAUCAAAACAAAACCGGUUUAUGAGGAUUAAAGAAAGAAUGAAGAAAAAAGGAAGCGCACGGGGCUCUCAGGGGCAGCUCGGAAAGUCAAGAAACGCCCAGAAGGACGUGACCAAAGUGAAGCGAGGAUGGACUGCGACAGGUGCUGCAGGAGAUGGAGGCGCUUUACGAGCAGAACCAGAGUGACGUGAACGAGGCGAAGAGCGAAGGUCGCGCCGAGCUGAUUCCCUCCAUCAAACUGCGCCACUGCUGCCUGCUGAGGAACCAGCGCUGCGUCACUGCCUACCUGUACGACCGGCUGCUGAGGAUCAGAGCGCUGCGCUGGGAGUACGGCAGCGUGCUGCCCGCCAAUGUUCGCUUCCACAUGUGUGCAGAGGAGCUGCAGUGGUUCAGUCAGUAUAAGAAGUCUCUGGCCUCCUUCAUGCGCUCUCUGGGGGGCGAUGAGGGUCUUGACAUCACGCAGGACAUGAAGCCUCCAAAGAGCCUCUACAUAGAGGUGAGGUGUCUCAAGGACCACGGCGAGUUUGAGAUUGACGACGGCACUGUGAUCCUGCUGAAGAAGAACAGCCAGCACUUCCUGCCGCGGUGGAAAUGUGAGCAGCUGAUUCGUCAGGGCGUCCUGGAGCAUGUGGUGUCCUGACGAUGCAGAUGUUUCAGCAGCUGGAAAACAUCUGCACUCACCUUUAUUCUGGGCUCUUCUUCUGAUGGGAUAAUAAAUUGUUUUUUUCAA